AUGGACUUUCUUACCAUCGCCACCUGUCUGGCGGGCGUUAUCCUCGCUCAGGACUACCAGGAGUAUCGACAGGCGCCGCUCCGGAUCGGUACAAAGGCUGAAGAGCCGAAACCAACGCCCGUACCCAUCCUGAAGCAGAUCAACAGACACAACGAAGAUGGUUCCUACACCUACGGUUACGAGGGUGCGGACGGUUCGUUCAAGAUCGAAACGAAAUUGGCAACCGGCGAGGUAAAGGGCAAGUACGGUUACGUCGACGAAACCGGCAAGGUGAAGGUGGUGGAGUACGGUGCGAACAAGUACGGGUUCCAACCGUCCGGUGAAGGUAUCACAGUACCGCCCCCGACGCUCGUCGACGAAACGACCGGCAAGGACGAUUUGCUCGAGGACGAUGACGGCAACAUUCCGGCCCCACGCCUGCAGAAACAUCGACCCAUCUCGAAACCACGCUUCCAGGAGGUGCCGAUCCAGCAGCACCAGCCACAGCGUCCUCAGCAGCACCAGCCACAGCAAUCUCAGCCACAGUACUACGACUACGACGAGCAGCCAGCACCGCUGCCCCAGCCCAAAUACCAACCGGCACCACAGUACGUGCAGCGAUCCCACUUCGGUGCCGCACCAUCCGCGUCGGUAGGACCGGCGCCACCACGCGCCCAAAUCCCGAACGCCGUCCCAGUGGACGUUGUCUACGCGCCCAAGCAGCUCCCAGCCCGUCCGGACGUUGAGUACCGCAACGUUGGUCCGCAAACGUUCCCCGGAGCCGCACCGGCCGGUCCCGAGCCCAAGAUCCGGUACUCCCAGCCACAGUUUGCACCGUCCGCUCUUCCACCGCAGCACAGUGCCAAAUCGGCCAAUCCCACCGACUCCUUCCCGCAGCCACGACCCCAGCCGGCCGUCUAUCAACCGCGUCCUGCCCAGGGACGUAGCACGAGCGUGCUCGACCAGCUGGCGAAGGAUUAUGCACUUCCCCAGGGUGGUGCUGCACCGCUGCACGACAUCACCUUCGGCUACUACUGAGCAACGAUCUCCUG